AUGGCGGCCGCCGGGGCCGCAGCUACAGACUUAGAGGUGGUCCGAGGCAAGCGCGCCGCCCUCUUCUUUGCUGCCGUGGCCAUCGUGCUGGGGCUGCCGCUCUGGUGGAAGACCACCGAGACCUACCGGGCCUCGCUGCCCUAUUCCGAGAUCAGUGGGCUGAACGCCCUGCAGCUCCGGCUCAUGGUGCCUGUCAGUGUCGUGUUUACCGGAGAGUCAGUGCCGCUGGACGAUCAGGAGAAGCUGCCCUUCACCGUUGUGCACGAGAGAGAGAUCCCUCUGAAAUACAAAAUGAAAAUCAAAUGCCGCUUUCAGAAGGCCUAUCGGAAGACUUUGGUCCAUGAGGAAGAGGCCUUAUCAAUGGGCAGUAUACAAGAGGCAGAAGCCAUGUUAGCUGAGUCACAGGAGCAAGCAGAGGGCUCCCUGACUGUGUACGUGAUCUCUGAACACUCCUCACUUCUCCCCCAGGACAUGAUGAGCUACAUUGGGCCUAAGAGGACAGCAGUGGUGAGAGGAAUAAUGCACCGGGAGGCUUUUAACAUCAUUGGCCACCGCGUAAUCCAAGUAGUCCAGGCCAUGUCUUUGACUGAGGACGUGCUGGCGGCGGCACUGGCUGACCACCUUCCCGAGGACAAGUGGAGCUCUGAUAAGAGGCGGCCUCUCAAAUCCAGCUUGGGCUAUGAGAUCACCUUCAGUUUGCUCAACCCAGACCCCAAGUCCCAUGACGUCCACUGGGACAUCCAGGGAGCUGUCCGGCGCUAUGUGCAGCCCUUUCUGAAUGCCCUCAGUGUCGCUGGCAACUUCUCUGUGGACUCUCAGAUCCUUUACUAUGCAGUGUUGGGGGUAAACCCCCGCUUUGACCCAGCUACCUCUAGCUACUACUUGGCCGCACACAGCCUCCCCCAUGUCAUCAAUCCCGUGGAGUCCCGUCUAGGAUCCAGCGCUGCCUCCCUUUACCCUGUGCUCAACUUUCUACUCUAUGUACCUGAGCUCGCACACUCUCCCCUGUACAUUCAGGACAAGGAUGGCGCUCCAGUGGCCACUAACGCCUUCCACAGCCCCCGCUGGGGUGGCAUUAUGGUAUAUAAUGUGGACCCCAAAGCCUACAAUGCCUCGGAGCUGCCGGUGCGUGUUGAGGUGGACAUGGUGCGAGUGAUGGAGGUGUUCCUGGCUCAGCUACGGCUGCUCUUUGGGAUUGCUCAGCCGCAGGUGCCUCCAAAAUGCCUGUUUUCCAGGCCUAAGGGUGAAGGGCUGAUGACUUGGGAACUAGACCGGCUGCUUUGGGCUCGGUCGGUGGAGAAUCUGGCCACAGCCACUACCACUCUCACUUCUCUGGCCCAGCUUCUGGGCAAGAUCAGCAACAUUGUCAUUAAGGAUGAUGUGGCAUCUGAGGUGUACAGGGCUGUAGCUGCAGUCCAGAAGGCAGCGGAGGAGUUGGCCUCGGGACACCUGGCCUCUGCCUUUGCUGCCAGCCAGGAAGCUGUGACAUCCUCGGAGCGUGCCUUUUUCGAUCCCUCGCUCCUCCAUCUCCUUUAUUUCCCGGAUGACCAGAAGUUUGCCAUCUAUAUCCCGCUUUUCCUGCCUAUGGCUGUGCCCAUCUUCCUGUCUCUGGUCAAGAUCUUCCUGGAGAGUCGCAAGUCCUGGAAAAAGCCAGAGAAGACAGACUGA